GUAGUUUCCGGUUAACUGUCAAAGUUACAGGGUACUAGUCAGUGGACGGGACAGGGUUGGACCAAAAACCAACGGACGGGGGCUCAAAACAACAAUUCAGCAGAAGACCAAGGCAGUCAAGAGACAUGUCUUUUAUAUUUGACUGGAUCUACAGGGGCUUCAGCAGCGUCUUACAACUAUUAGGUUUGUACAAGAAGACUGGCAAGCUGGUGUUCCUUGGACUAGACAAUGCUGGAAAAACAACACUCCUGCACAUGCUCAGAGAUGACAGGCUAGGACAGCACGUGCCCACGCUACAUCCAACAUCUGAGGAGCUGACCAUAGCCGGAAUGACCUUCACAACGUUUGACCUGGGAGGUCAUACACAAGCGCGAAGGAUCUGGAAGAACUACCUCCCAGCUAUCAAUGGUAUAGUCUACAUGGUGGAUUGUGCUGAUCAUGAGCGACUAGCAGAGGCUAAAGUUGAACUGGAUGCCCUGCUAACAGAUGAAACCAUCUCCAAUGUACCGGUUCUCAUCUUGGGGAAUAAAAUAGACCGUCCAGAAGCCAUCAGUGAGGAUGCACUGAGGGGAAUGUUUGGCCUCCAUGGACAUACGACUGGAAAGGGCAAAGUGUCACUGAAGGAGCUAAAUUUGAGGCCAAUGGAGGUUUUCAUGUGCAGCGUGCUUAAGAGACAAGGAUAUGGAGAUGGUUUCCGCUGGCUCUCUCAGUAUAUCGACUGAUUCACCUUCUUUUAAUAACCUUUAUUAACCAGAUUUACCAUGCUACCUGUGCACAUAAAAACAUGUUCCACACAAAACUACCUGCCAGAGAUAUACUAUGUUUAGGACUUUGACUGUGCCAGUAGGAAAUGUGUUUCAGGUAGUGUUUUUGUGGUAAUAUAUCUUGUUUACUUCAAAGAAAUCUGUAUGUCAUAUCAGUCAUACCACAGCGAGUCAAGGAUAAGUUAUGAAUGAUCAGUCUGUAUUAAUCAGUUUGAGUCUGGAGAAUAAGCUUCCAUGCUGUGGUGUCUACCUUCACUUAAAGCCUGUAGUAAAUACUGUCUGCCAUAUAUAACAUGUUGAACCACUUUCUGACCCGGGUGUAUUUAUAGGUACUGGUGUUGACUUACAGUGAAGGCCAAUCGGGUUAACAUUCUGUGCUUGGUGUUACUCUUCCUUGAGGAUGAAAAAAAAAAAAAAACUUUGUUGGCACAGAUAAAACUUUACAUCUAUAUAUUUAUUCAAUUUCUUUCAAAGAAAUGGGAAUGUUGAAGUACCAUCAAUUUCUCUCCCUGAACAGAAUAGUUUUUCUGGAAAGUGCUGUAGUGAUUUGGUGCCGUAUUUGUUGAUGAGAAAAGUGUUAAUACAGUAGCCUGCUACCUCCAAGGAUACUGGCAAUGUUUUGCUGAUUGCAUGUUUUUUUUAAAUCAAUGAAGGGUUUACUACUACAGGCCAAUUAUAUGAAUGUGACCACAAGUGCAUUAACUGACAUUUUGCUGUGAGGAGCUUUAUUUACUAUCACAGAACAGGGUUAAAUAAUUGCAGUAUAUGUUAACUGCCUUAGCACAGCCAGGUGAUGUAACAAAUUCAUACUUGUCCAGAGUGAGGAUGCCAAACUGUUUUCAUGAUGGUUACUUGCUGUGAAAUGACCUGAGUACUUUGUGAUUAGUUGCUGCUCACAACAUGCAGUGAUAUUAUGAGAGUACUGGUGGUGCUUAAAAGUAGGGCAUGGAAAAUUUCUGCAUGAAAUUACCUGUGCAAUAUUAUACAUUAUUUUGUAUAUAAGUUUAUUUAUAUUUUGCGAUAAAAUAUUGGCUUCCCUUGUUACCUUAAGUAUUGAGCUCUUAUCUGUUACAAAAGGUUGGCCAUAUUGUUAUUUAACAGGUGUGAAGUUUGAACAUAAUAAAUAUUUUUGACAAUCCUUUAAA